AUGUAUAAAAAUAAAAUAAUACAAACAUGUAUUAUAUACAUACUAUAUAUUAUUUUAUUUUCGUCGAUCAUUCGCACAAAAUUAGCUAAAAAUAAUAUUAAAAAAAAUAUUACCAAUAUUAUUGCUUAUAGCAUAAGAAAUGAAAACAAGUUUCUAGUUCAAUUGUAUAAACAAAAGAAAGAAAAAAAAAAAUUAUUCAUAAAAAAUUAUGAACUACGAAAUAAAAAACGAAUAAAUUACUUAAAGACUAUUUUUAAUAGCUUAUCGGGGAGUCAAUUUCCUCAAAAUUCAGACAUAGAUAGUUAUAAUUUAACUCCCAAAUUAAAAAAAACAGUUCAGUUUUUCCGAUCGCUUUCUGAUAACCCAUAUAACAAAAGCCAACAUGUCAUAUUAAUGGGAAAAAAAUGUCAACCCAUGCCAAAUGAGUUGAAAACAAGGCAAAAUCAAGUUUUGGGAUGCCAAUCAACAGUAUAUAUAUACCCAAAAGUGAAAUUACAGGAUGAUAAAAAAGUUAUUAACUGGUUAGGAUAUUCAGACGGACUAUUAACAAAAGGAAUUGUAUAUAUUUUAAUUGAUGGCUUGAGCGGAUAUACCCCUGAAGAAAUAUUAAAAGUAAAUCCAAACUUUAUUUCCUUAACUGGGAUUUCAGAUUUUUUAACAAUGAGCAGAAUAAAUGGAUAUUUAAAUAUUAUGAAUAAAAUAAAAAUAUUUUCCGAGCAAAUUAUUAAAAAUAUAGAACACUAA